AUGAUCUUUUGGCAACUUGUUAGAAAUUCUCUUGCCUUGAAUUUCUAUUUUUUCUCACUCAUACUCUCGAUCCUUUAUUUAUUUUACUACUUUUCUAUGAGCCAUGAUGAUUAUUCCACGAUGAAAGCUAAAUCUUUUAAAUUGAAACAUCGCUAUGAUCCGAUCAAGGAACAAGGAGAAAAAGCUAUCCUUCCAUUCAUGUACCUGAAAAGAAUCAUUUCAUUAGCUUUACACAAUCCAUGGAUGAGAGGAAUAAUUAUCUUGUUAUUGGCGUGUGGAGUGAAUACUCUUUUUUGGAUGAUGAUCAUUUCUUGCAUCCUAUCCACAAGUUUAUGCUUUUAUUUAAAAUCAGUGUGGAUGUUAAAGAAACAGCAACGUCGCAACAACAAUAAUUCAGACUUGCUCGCAAAUCCAUUCAGUAGUGAGAAAAAUAGCGCGGAUGAUUUAAAUUAUUACUUGGGUGCAGAUAUUUCAUUGAUUCAAGAGGGAUUAAAACAUGUGAUCAUGUCCUCUAUAAUUUUGCAAAUUUCAGAGCUUUUAAAUUUCUCUUUGGUAAUGAUUGGAUCUACUUGCACGGAAUGCUUAUCUCUGUUGAAACAAUUAUUUCAGAAAGAGCACGUACAUGUCAUGAACAAAUUUACAUCUAUUGAACUUGUGCUCCUUCAACAACACAAUAUUUCCAAUAACAAUGAUCAGGUACAAGAUAUCAAUGAGGAGCAGAAAAAAAUUGAACAAAUGCUGAUUGAGAACGCUCGUUCCAUGAAUGUUCAUUGUACAUUCGUCACCUCAGAGAAGGAUCUCAUUUCACUAUUGAACUCUCAAAAGAUGGAUGUGACCUUAAUCUUGCAGGAAACUCUUCGACCUUAUUUGGAUGACAAUACACUUCAACAACUUGUCACAGUGAGUAGAAAUAAUGCUAAACUUGGUGUAGUGAUUGGAGAUUACGAAAGAUCCUCUCUCAUUCAUUCAAUUUCACAGAAUGCUGUUCUGUGUUCUGCUUUUCGAAUAUCUGAAUGGCAACAAUGGUUAUUCGAGCACAAAAUUCUUUCUCCACCAACACAAGAAGAGUCCUUUAAAGUGAUGUGGACCUUUGGUAGAAUCACAACAAUACUUUAUCCACCUUCAUCCUCAACAAAGGUACAAAUCCCAUCGAAAUAA